AGCAGUGCCGGUCGCGCCCCGAGCCACGCGGCACGCGCCGCCCCCGCGCCGCGAUCAAUACCGACUCCAAGCGGCUAAACUUAGCUGCACCGCUGCACCGAUAUAGCCGCGCCACGCGCCCACCUGCGGACGAGCUCGCUUCGAUGCAGUCGCCCGACAGAUACGCCUAUGAGCGUAGAAUCGGUGGCAGCGUCCAUUAUUAUGCGAUAGUGACGCAUUUCGCCGGUUACUGUCUACCAUUUCGUUGCACCGGUUAAUUAAACGCGUCGCGUGUAAGAAUAGGUGCAAACUGAGUUAGCGGUAGUGAUGUCAUAGUGCUCCCAGUUGAAUUACAUUGAAAUACAAAGUGCAAUUAGUGGAGACGCGAGGGAUAAAUGAGUAGUGAAGUGUCGUCGUGAGUGGUGGUGUUUAAUUGGGGCGGGGGUGGUGGUGGGUGAGGCGGAUGCGAGCGGGAGGCGCGGCGCGACACGGCGGAGGGUUCCGCGGGGCGGGGGCAGGGCGCGGGGGCGGCGGGGCAGGGCGCGCCCCCCGCGCCGCCGCCCGGCUUCGACCCCGAGCUCUUCGAGGAGCUGAGCUUCCUCCCCGACGCGGAGCUGCGCGAGUGUCUCGGCGAGUACCCGGACUUCCUGUACCACGUGGCGCGCGACCGCUACGGCCGGCUGUACUUCAGAGUCAUCAGGAUCUUGCUCCUUGACCGAGUUCUAUGCAGCAACAGGGUGAGCCAAAUGACAAAAACCUACAAUGACAUCGAAGCGGUAACACGGCUACUAGAAGAAAAAGAGAAGGACUUGGAGUUGACGGCCCGCAUCGGCAAGGAGCUGCUUACAGCCAACGGGCGGCUGGAGGCGCGGGUCACGGCGCUGGAGGGCGAGCUGCGCAGCGCGCGCGACCACGCCACGCAGCUGCGCCACGACCUGCAGGCCAAGAAUGAACUGCUGCAGGUGCUAACAGAUGACACCGAAGACCCGGACAGCAGCAACCAAGAGGAGGCGUGCGCCGCGGCCGCCCUGCUGAAGCGGACCGGGGCCCUCGAGCGGGAGAACCGGUCCUUGAGAGACGAGGCGGCGAGGCUGGCGGCUGGUGCCGACAGCGCCGAGGCGGCCGAGCAGCAGCUGCUCCGGGACAUCGCCACCCAGCUGUCGAGCGCCAACUCGGAGGCGAGUUGCCUGGCGGCGGAGCUAGCGGGCGAGCGGGAGCGCUCGGCGGACCUGCAGCAGCAGCUGGACUCGACCAGCGCACGCCUGCACACCACUGAGAGGAGCCUGCACCAGCUAAAAGCAGAACAUGAGCACACUCUUCGAAUACUCGAAAUCACAAAGGACAACCAAAAUGCCCUCGCUUCAGAACUGGCGGACGCUAAGGAGCGGUACGCAGAAGUGGCGGCCCACCUCCAAGAGGUCCAAGAACAAUUACGCCAACUACGCAAGCGCGGGGAGCCUAUGCGCGGGCUCAUGCCGAGCGUGGCCGCGGCCGCGGGGCUGCUGCCCGCCAGCCUGCACCGCGAGAUGCACUCCAGCGUGUACUCGGAGCUCAGCCUCGACUCCGGCAUCGGGGACAGCCAGCACCAGUCCAGCAUGCAGAAAGUAUUCGAGACGGUGCAGUGCGCGUCGCGCUGGUCCUCGGGCUCGCUGGCCGGCUCCGACGAGCACCCGCUGUCGUCCUCCGCCUCCGCCGCCGCCUCCGCGCUGAGGCACAAGCACAAGCCUCCGUCCCACGACUCGUAUCUGGACUACUCGAGCGACACGGGCUCGGAUGAGGAUGUUUAUCCGGGCGGCUGGGGCGGCUCGGGCGUCCCCGGGGCGCCGGGCGCGGCCGAGCUGGCGGCGGCGCUGCGCCGACUAAACCCCGCGGAGAUCAGCACGCGCCGCGCGCUGCUCACCGCCUCGCACGCGCCCAAGCAUAGGAACUCCGACGCGGACACGAUAUCGGAGAGCGCGGUGUGGGGCGCGGGCGCGGGCGACGGGCUGGCGCGCUGGCGGGCCCCGCACAAGCUGCAGAUCGUGAAGCCGCUGGAGGGGUCCCUCACGCUGCACACCUGGGCGCAGCUCGCCAAGCCCACCAUGUCCGGUCUCCUAGAAGAGCAAGAAGGUGUAGGUGUCCGCGGGCAACGGUCGGCGGCGACGCUGGGGCUGCGGCUGUACCGGCUGUCGGACGUGGAGGAGGACGACGAGCCGCGCCUGCCGUACGCCGCGCCCGUGUACACGCUCACCAACAGCACCGUGCUGCACCCCGGCCUGGCGUCCUCCACGCCCUCCGCCGCCUCCAGCCUCUCCUCCUCCGUGCUGGGCAGCGCGUGGAGCAGCCGCCGCUCCUCCCGCCGCGAGUCCGUGGCCGCCUCCCCCGCGCCCUCGCGCCGCGGCUCCGUGGCGCCCACGCCCGCGCGCCGCUGGUCGCCCACCGCCACGCCCGCCAACUCCCCGCUGCUCGGCUCCCCCGACGCGUCCCCGCCGCGCUCCCCCGCGCCCGGCGCCGCGCCGCCCUCGCUGCACUCGCUCAUCGCCAGCGGCCGCCGCUACCUGUCGUCGCCCGCCGCCGACGGCUCCUCGCCCUCGCCGCUCACGCUGCAGACGCCCGGCUCGCUGUACACCGGGCUCGUGCACCGCAGCCCCAUGGAGCAGCUCACGUGCCUCAAGCGCACGCUGCGCUCGCCCGUGGCGCCGGCCGCCGCGUCCACGCCCGCCCCCGAGCCGCUGGGCGUGCCGGGCGCGCCGGGCUCGGGCGCGCUGGAGGGCCGGCGCCGCGCGCGCGCCCCCCGCCCCCGCGCCGACCUGGGCACGGUGGGCGCGCCGCCGCCCGCCCCCGCCGAGCCCGCCUACACCUCCUCGCUCGGGACGCUAAGCUCCCUUCUGUUCGGUCGGAAGGGAGGCCUCAUGUGAACGUCCGGGGCGCGCCGGUCGGCUCGGCUCGGGAAGGUUCCUCAGAUCCGACUACGUCUAGUUUGCGUUGGCAACGGAACCGUUAGAGGAUCGCCGGCGGUGAAACUCGCUCGGCAUUUAGCUCUAUUUAUUUUCUCUAUAAUUGUGAUUUAGAAGUAGACGCUUUUAAUUUUUUUUCGAUCAUUUACUCUACAAGGUACCUAACUUUGAUUAAGUAUGUAAAAUUUUGUUAUGUUUUAUUUUAUGUUUUGAUUUAAUCAUCGUCACGAAAGUAUUACUUUUUAUUAACUUUUGACGUACGGUUUCUGUAGAGGAUUGUGUAUGUAGGAGGUUUGCUCAUGCAUUUACGUGACUAACAACAACAAUGUGUAAAGUUUAAUUUUUGCGGCUUUACUUAGUGUAUAGUAAGUUCCAGUGAAAUAUAAGUUCCUCCCCUUUUGAGGCUUGUUGAAUUGUUGUUACGACAGAAUGCACGGGAUUUUUCUCUACUCUCUAAUGUCUAAACAUUCCUAGAAAAGAGCUCAAUUUCUACUAACUUUGCUCCAAAAAGAGAGAGUUCCGACCGGCAUGCACUAUAAGUGCGAUACAAAAUAAUCAGUGAUUACAAUCAGCUAUACUAUAGCUUAAAUCAAAAUCAAACCCAAUGAACAUUUAUACCUUUUGAUAGCUUAUAUAUCAUUGAAACACUGUCUUCUAUAAUAGUAGCUCCAUGGUGGAGUUACGCAAAACAAAAUAACUAUUAAGAUUAGCAGCUGUGUACAUAAUAUGGUUACUUAAUUAAGUAAAGACGAGAUAAAUAUUCUCCAUAGUCAGUUAGCUGCUUUACUCUUAAAGUAGCGGUAACAGAUACUUAUUAGAAUAUUUAUUGUUGCUGUCAUGUUCAUACCGAGAACUAUCGAAAUGUAAAUAGAACCAUUUACUUUAGAAGAGUACAAAUUAUGUUAUUCAAUGAAUCAAAAUUAGCAUUUCAUUUCCAUUAAUUCCAAUAGUAGUUUUGAAUUAAAAUGCCUUAGUAAGUUUAAUUUUUAUUGAAAUAAUUAUUAGUUAAUGUAAAUAAUUAGUAAAAGUAAGAGAAUAUCAUGUCGAGUUUUGAUGGGGUUAAGUUUGAUAGGGUCGCCGCGGCGAUGUUAAGUAAUGGUGCAUGCCAUAGAAUAAGUAGUAUUUUUUAAAUUCAAUCGAAGGUGCAUCAGGGAUACAGAUUAUUGGCGUAAUAGUGAAAGAUACUGCUGAUGGGAAUGUGGAUCUCACUUGUGACUUGUUCAUUCAAACAUUGUGUUGUCUCCGGUGCUAUUUAGUUAAACCGUGUUUUGUUUCUGUCAUUUUUAGGUUGUAUUAUGUAUGUAUAAAUGUUUUUGUAAUCAUUCAGUACUAAAAUCCAAAGAAGAUGAGAAUUUAUUUCGCUUUAUAAGUAUAAUUUGAGAUCGAUCAGAAUGUUGUUGUGAAUAUGAAAAAGGUUGUUAGGCUGUGAGAUCGGAAUUGUUUUCAUUAAUUACCAAAAUACAAUGACAUUGUUACGGAAUAUAAAAUGCUGAAAUCACAUAAUUCGAUUUGUAAUAGCGUUAUUGUAUUUUGCUUCAAUGGUACAAUUCUAGGAAAUGUUCCCAAAUGCUGAAACACUCUUGAGGCACAAACUGAACAGAAUAAAUUAGUCUAAGGAUAAUUUGUUGAGAUUUGACAUUGGCAACAAUAAAUAUGAUUGUACGAUAAAUAACAGAAAUAUAAUUUAUUCAAAGAA